AGCCAAUCUCGGCUCAAGUAGCAGGAUUUGGCCUCUCUGGCCGAAAGGCACGUCCGAUCCCAGGUGACAUGGGUGAGCCGGGCAAUGCAUACAAUGGACAGAUCAGGGAUGGCUUGUUCCACGGGAGGGGCACAUUGAUCUAUGCUGGAAACGAGCGCUACGAAGGUGAUUGGGUCUAUGGCAAGAGAGAAGGCCAUGGAAGGUUCACAUACCAAGAUGGUGCCAUUUUCGAAGGCAAUUGGCAGGAGGACAGGAUACAUGGCCAAGGGGUUGCCGUCUUCGCGUCCGGCAACCGCUAUGAGGGCAUGUGGGAGAAUGGACGGAUUCAUGGUCAUGGUUCACUCACAUACUCGAACAAAGACCAGUAUGAAGGGGAGUGGCACGAUGGCAAGAUGCAUGGACGCGGCACUUACAAGUAUGCCGAAGGCGACGUCUACCAGGGGGAGUGGAAGGAUGACAAGCGGCACGGGAAGGGCGUGGUCACAUACGUCAGCGCGCGUGGCAGUGUGGUGGAGAAGUUCGAAGGUGAUUGGGUGAACGGCAAGAUGCAUGGUCAGGGGAAGUACCAAUAUGCGGAUGGUGGCGUCUACGAGGGAGAUUGGCAAGAUGGCAAAAUGCAUGGCAGGGGGAUCUAUGUUUUCCCGAAUGGGAACACAUACGAUGGUGAGUGGGUGAAUGACAUGAAAGAAGGCUAUGGCACCUUGACAUACCAAAAUGGUGAAAAGUACGAUGGCUACUGGAAGCAAGACAAGGUCCAUGGGCAAGGUACCCUGGUGUAUACUUACGGAGACAAGUUCAUAGGCCAAUGGGUCGAUGCCAAGAAGGAAGGCGAGGGUGAACUGAUUUACUCCAACGGCGACCGCUUCAAAGGCCAAUGGGUGGAUGAUCGAGCAUCGGGCCAUGGACUCUUCCAGUACUCCAAUGGAAAUCGCUACGAGGGCCAAUGGCUCGACGACAAGCGCCAUGGACGCGGUUUGUUUGCCUGUGCAGAGGAUGGUUCUGUCUACGACGGCGAGUUUGCCUAUGGGCGGAAAGAUGGCCGCGGGCUCUUGAAGCUCCAAUCGGGACACGUCUUGAGCGGUCAAUGGAAGCAAGGGGAGCUCGUGCAGGUCGCGGACUUCGUCUUCGCGGCCGAUUCGCCCUGGAAGAAUCCAGACUUGUAACAUCCUGAAAGCUGUACAUGUGAAGCGGUCCGACCCGUCGCAGGACAUCGCCGGUCCGACCCGCCCUGAAAGCGGGAAAGCUUUCCGGUCGGCGAGAAAGCGAACUCGGGUCGGCUUUCUGAAUCCCGAGAGGUGAGGGGCAGGUGAAGCCCAAUUUCUCAAAAACACUUGCAUGCCAUACCUGGGAGAACUGGACACAAG